AUGUCUGAGGGAAAUGGGUCUUCAGGAACUGAUUUUGUUCUUUUGGGCUUUACAGAUCGGCAUGAGCUUCAGGUAUUGUGUUUUGUCUUGUUCUUAGCUAUUUAUUGUUUCACUGUGGUUGGGAAUCUUGGCAUGAUUGUGUUAAUCAGGAUAGAUCCCCGGCUCCACACACCCAUGUACUUCUUCCUCAAACAUCUUUCCUUCUUAGACUUGUGCUACUCUACCACAAUUGUUCCCAAGACUCUGGUGAAUUUCUUAGCAGACAGCAAAUUGAUUUCUUUUGCCGAAUGCACCAUUCAGCUGUUCUUCUUCGCAGCCUGUGCUACCACUGAAUGCUACCUGCUUGCUGCCAUGGCCUAUGACCGUUACGUUGCUGUUUGCAACCCUCUGCUGUACACAGUUGUCAUGUCCCAGAAGCUCUGCAUAGGGCUAGUGGCUGGGGCAUAUGUUGCCGGUGUGAUUAGCUCAGCCACGCACACCAUCUCUAUAUUUCGCCUGCCAUUCUGCCAUUCUCAUCGGCUCAACCACUUCUUCUGUGAUGGCCCUCCACUCCUAACUCUGGCCUGUUCAGACACACAUUUCAAUGAGAUGCUGCUUUUUGCUGUCGUUGGGUUCAACAUCAUUAUCACGACAGUUGCCAUUCUAGCAUCUUAUUUGUCUGUCCUCAACACAGUCCUGCGGAUCCGCACCACAGAGGGGAGGCCCAAAGCCUUCUCCACGUGUGCCUCCCACUUGGCCUCUGUUACAUUGUUCUACGGAAGCUCCCUCUUCAUGUAUUCACGGCCCAGCUCAAGCUAUUCCCUGGAUCAGGACAAGGUGGUAGCAGUGAUGUACUCAGUUACAAUCCCCAUGUUGAACCCUCUCAUCUACAGCAUGAGGAACAAGGAAGUGAAAGAUGCCCUCAGGAAAGCAAGAGAUGAAGGGUAUAAAACUCCUGUGCUCUCUUUGCUCAGGAGGUCUGUGGCAUUUUUCCUGGAUGGUUCCAGGUGCACCUGA